AUGCCUCUCAAAGUUAUAAUUGCUGGUGCAGGCUUGGGCGGCCUGGGUGCCGCUAUCGCCAUGGCCCGCGCUGGCCAUAACGUAGAGGUUUUCGAACAAUCGCGAUUCCUUAACGAGAUCGGUGCCGCGAUUCACAUUGCCCCCAAUGCAACCAGGGUGCUCAAGUCCUGGGACAUCGAUUUUACUGAGCUACAAGCCGUGCUAUGCAAUGCCAUCAAGAUCUAUGACCAUACAGGAAAGCUGAUAUUUGUUCCCGUGAAACUGGAAGAACUGCAAAAGAGUAUCGGCACCAAAGACGAAUGGCUCCUUACACACCGAGUCGACCUGCACAGUACUUUGCGAAAGGCUGCCACCGGAAAUACAUUCGCAGGUAGCAUCAAAAUCCACACCGCGAGCAAGGUGGUUAAAGCAGACGCAGAGACAGCUGAGAUUACUUUAGCAGACGGAGUCAAACACAAAGGAGACCUGCUGAUUGGAGCAGAUGGCGUCCAUUCCAAAGUUGUUUCCGCCGUCGCGGGCAGCCCGCCUGUGCGUAUUAGUACGAAGCAAAACACAUUCCGAUUCCUGGUACCCAUCGACAAGCUCAUGGCCAAUCCCAUUACUGGACCAUUUUUCGGAAAACUUGGUUUUGAUUGCCAACAUGUCUUUACCACAAGGGAUCGUAGAAUGGUGGUUUAUCCAUGCCGGAAUGCCAAACUCCUUAAUAUCGUCGCUAUGCACCCGGCUGAGGAUGCUGGUCUGGAUUCUGAAUCCUCAUGGCUGGCUGGCGGAAGAGUGCAAGACUUACUUGAUGUCUAUAAAGAAUUCGGACCUGAGCUUAUCGAGAUGUGUAGGAUUGGCGAAGACCUGAAGCUGUGGAGCUUGGCUACCAGAGAUCCCCCUACCAAGUUCUACAAGGGCAGAACUGUGCUGCUGGGUGAUGCAGCUCAUCCUAUGCUCCCGCACCAAGGGCAAGGUGGAGCGCAAUCGUUCGAGGAUGCCGCAGCUCUCGGGGUCUUGUUCCCUGCCGACACGACAUUGGACGAUGUACCUCAGCGACUGGAACUUUACAACAAGCUCCGCUAUCCGCGGUCUGUGACUGUCAUGUUCAUGUCAAAGAUCAAUGAUGAGAGGCGUGGCGAGAUGAUGGACGAUCUUCGCAAAUUUGUCCCCGAUGCUGAACUGCCUCCCAAUAUCUUCCCCUAUUUGUGGAAUAACUUUGUGCUUGAUGAUGCGCAAAAGGCUCUUGCAGCAGCGGCUUGA